CAGAUCCCUCCUCCCUUGGACCACCGUUCCACUCCACACAGAAAACAGACACACACACAAGAGAGGUGGAGGAGGGGGAAAUAAACAGGGCAAUCAAUUGUAAUGAAACCCCAAUUAAAUCCUCUAGAUGGAGCAGGCUGUAAUCCUGUUAUAUUUCAUUAGUCUUCUAAGGCUGAGAAAGAUCCUACUGUUUGAAUUGUUCCAUUAACACUAAGGACAACAGCAAGAGGUGAAAAAAAAACUGUAUUCUGUGCUGCCUGGCUUCUCUAUGCAAACUGUAAUUUGGUUGGGUAGAAGGAAUUCUUAGCGGUGCUGUCAGUCCCCCCCAAAGCAAGUGUCUGCACUCAUAAGAGAUGUCCAUGCUGCAGUUGUAACCCCAGACUGUUUAAAUGCAAAAUGACUUCAUAGUGGAUUUCAUCACUGUUAAUGGCAGACUAAAGGCUCUUGAGAAUUGGAAGGAAACCGUUUUAAUUAUUGCUGCCUUCAAAGUGUCACACUUGUUCUUUAUGUAACUGGAAGCUCUAUGACCAUCAUGACUAACCAAGAAAAGUGGGUCAAUCUCAGCCCUGCAGAAUUCUCUCAGCUUCAAAAAUAUGCAGAAUAUUCAACAAAGAAACUUAAAGAUGUUUUGGAAGAGUUCCACGGCAAUGGAGUUUUGGCAAAAUAUAAUCCAGAAGAGAAGCAAGAUAUUCUUAAACAAGCGAUUGACUUUGAAGGUUUCCAGUUGUUCAUGAAAACCUUUCUUGAAGUGAAUCUUCCAGAUGAAUUCUGCAAGCAUCUCUUCAUGUCAUUCAGCAACAGAUUUCAUAAUCCCAGCCCCUCCAUUCAAAGCAAAUCCCAGCUCCUCUCUGGAGGUCUCAGAAUGAAUUACAGAAGUAACAGUUCAUCACGGUCAUCCUCCCCAGUUUCUCUGCGACCCCCUGAUGUGAUCCAGCUGAAAGAUAUUGUUUGCUAUUUAUCACUUCUAGAAAGAGGAAGGCCUGAGGACAAACUAGAAUUUAUGUUUCGCCUAUAUGACACCGAUGGAAAUGGGUACCUGGACAGUACGGAACUGGAAAGUAUCAUUACACAGAUGAUGCAUGUGGCCGAAUAUUUAGAAUGGGAUGUCACAGAACUUAAUCCUAUUCUGCAUGAAAUGAUGGAAGAAAUUGAUUAUGACCAUGAUGGGACUGUGUCUCUAGAAGAAUGGAUUCAAGGGGGGAUGACAACAAUCCCAUUGCUGGUUCUUCUUGGUCUAGAAAAUAAUGUUAAGGAUGAUGGACAACACGUGUGGAGACUGAAACAUUUUAACAAGCCUGCCUACUGUAAUCUCUGCCUGAAUAUGCUAAUAGGCCUUGGGAAGCAAGGUUUAUGUUGUUCUUUCUGCAAGUACACAGUCCAUGAAAGGUGUGUAUCCCGAGCACCACCUUCAUGUAUUAAAACAUAUGUGAAGUCGAAAAAGGAUACUAAUGUAAUGCACCAUUUUUGGGUGGAGGGCAACUGCCCCACGAAAUGUGAAAAGUGUCACAAAGCCAUUAAAUGUUACCAAGGCCUGACGGGACUUCACUGUGUAUGGUGUCAAAUUACGCUACACAAUAAAUGUGCGUCUCAUCUGAAACCUGAAUGUGACUGUGGACCAUUGAAAGAUCACAUUUUACCUCCUACAACAAUCUGUCCUGUUGUACUGGAAAGACAGUCAACUCUAAAGAGAGAAAAGAACUGUUCUCAACAAGGAAACAAAUGCGGAGAAAGAACAAAAAUGCAAAGAGCAAAUUCUGUAACAGUGGAUGGGCAAGGUCUUCAGAUUACUCCGAUUUCAGGAACACAUCCACUUUUAGUUUUUGUAAAUCCAAAGAGUGGGGGGAAGCAAGGAGAAAGGAUACAUAGGAAAUUUCAAUACCUUUUAAAUCCAAGACAGGUUUAUAGUCUUGCUGGAAUUGGACCUAUGCCAGGAUUAAACUUCUUUCGAGAUGUUCCAGAUUUUAAAGUUCUUGCAUGUGGAGGUGAUGGAACAGUUGGUUGGAUUCUAGAUUGCAUUGACAAAGCCAACUUGACCAAGCAGCCUCCUGUGGCUAUUUUGCCUCUUGGUACUGGCAAUGACUUAGCAAGGUGUUUAAGAUGGGGAGGAGGCUAUGAGGGAGAGAAUCUCAUGAAGGUUUUGAAAGAUAUUGAGAAUGCCACAGUAGUUCAACUCGAUAGAUGGAAGAUUGAUGUUAUUCCAAAUGAUAAGGAUGAAAAAGGAGACCCAGUGCCUUACAGCAUCGUAAACAAUUACUUUUCAAUUGGAGUGGAUGCAUCCAUUGCACAUAGAUUUCAUCUGAUGAGAGAAAAACAUCCAGAAAAAUUCAACAGUCGGAUGAAGAAUAAAUUUUGGUACUUUGAAUUUGGAACCUCUGAAACAUUCUCAGCAACAUGCAAAAAAUUACAUGAAGCCAUUGAGAUUGAGUGUGAUGGCAUUCAGAUGGACCUGGGCAAUAUUUCUCUGGAAGGAAUUGCUAUUCUAAACAUUCCAAGUAUGCAUGGAGGUUCAAAUCUCUGGGGAGAAACCAAAAAAAGAAGAAGUAAUAGAAGAACUGACAAGAAAAACGCAGAUAAGAGAACCACUGUAACUGAUGCUAAAGAGCUCAAAUUUGCUGCACAAGAUUUGAGUGAUCAGCUAUUGGAAGUGGUUGGACUUGAAGGAGCAAUGGAAAUGGGCCAAAUUUAUACUGGUUUAAAGAGCGCCGGAAAACGUCUUGCACAAUGCUCAUCUGUAGUUAUAAGAGCUAGCAAGUCACUGCCCAUGCAGAUCGAUGGGGAACCAUGGAUGCAGACACCAUGUACAAUCAAGAUUACCCACAAGAACCAAGCCCCAAUGUUUAUGGGGCCUCCUCCAAAAAAUGGACUUUUCACUUCUCUCAUUAAAGGAUCAAGAAGCAAGAUCAAGGAAUAGCUCAAACAAGAUUCAUGCAAGAAACAACUGAUCUUCAGUAUUACUUCUUUACUGACAGUACAUUUUUACAAAAAAUGGGUUGGCUUCAUGGUUUCUUAAGUUAUAAGUAUUAAUAUCAUUUUGCUUUAUUUAUUGCAACAA